UCUCACAAAAUUUAAUACUUUGAAGCAACAAAUUUUUGUAGCCAUUUAUGAGCCUAGGGAUAUAGAAACACAGUUCUUUAAAAAUUUUUUUUUUUUAGAACCAAUGGCGAAUAGAAGCCAUAAUCAGUAUAGAACAACAAGAAGAACAUCUCAUUUCUCAAGCACUAUAUACAUAUUUCUCCUUUUUGUUUUUUCAAUGUUUGUAUUUUUUUUGUAUACUAAAGAUAUUGCAGAAGAGGAGAAAAAGCCUGUUUUAGUAUUGGAGAAGAAGGAACCUGAAUCCAAACAGAAUGAAGACAAUUUUGUCUUGGAAGCUUCACAGAGCCAUGGUUUGCAUGCAUGCGUCAAGCCAACUGCAAAAUACAAAGCUGCUCUGGGAUGGAAUCGCUACUUGACUGUAAAAAGUAAUGGUGGAUUAAAUCAAAUGAGGACGGGUAUAGCUGACAUGGUGGCAGUGGCACAUGUGAUGAAUGCAACUUUGGUAAUUCCUCAACUGGACAAGCGUUCAUUCUGGCAAGAUUCAAGUACAUUUUCAGAUAUAUUUGAUGAGAACCAUUUCAUCAAAACAUUACGAGGAGACCUCAGGAUUAUUAAAGAGCUUCCCAAAGAAAUAGAAUCUUUACCUCGGGCUAGGAAGCACUUUACGUCAUGGUCAGGAGUGGGUUACUAUGAAGAAAUGACUCAAUUGUGGAAGGAGCAUCAGGUAAUUCAUGUCGCUAAAUCUGAUUCUCGCCUUGCGAACAAUGAACUGCCUCUUGAUAUUCAGAGAUUAAGAUGUCGUGUUCUGUAUAAUGCUCUCCGCUUCUGUCCUCCUAUUGAGAGACUUGGGAAGAAGCUCGUGGAGAAGCUGCGAACCAGAGCAAAAAGAUACGUUGCACUCCAUUUGAGAUAUGAGAAGGACAUGCUGUCUUUUACGGGUUGUACUUACGGUCUUACUGAUGCAGAAGCGGAGGAACUUCGGGUGAUGAGAGAGAAUACGAAUCAUUGGAAGAUUAAGGUUAUCAACUCAACCGAACAGAGAAUUGGCGGUUUCUGCCCUCUCACUCCAAAGGAGGUUGGAUUAUUUCUUCAGGCUCUUGGUUAUCCUCCGUCAACAUUAAUUUAUAUUGCUGCUGGAGAAAUUUAUGGUGGUAGCGCUCACCUCUCAGAGCUCACAUCUCGCUUUCCAAAUGUUGUUUUCAAGGAAAUGCUGGCAACGCCAGAAGAACUGAGAGGGUUUGCCAAUCAUGCCUCACAAACUGCAGCACUCGAUUAUCUAAUCUCUGUAGAGAGCGAUGUUUUCAUUCCAUCACACUCAGGUAAUAUGGCAAGAGCAGUUGAGGGGCACCGCAGAUUCUUAGGCCACUGGAAAACGAUCACUCCGGACAGGAAAGGUCUAGUUGAAAUAUUUGAUAAGCUGGAAGCUGGUCAGCUUGAUGGACAAUCAUUUUCACGUCUUGUCAGGCAUUUGCAUAAGAACAGGCAAGGUGCUCCAAGAAAAAGAGCUGGUGCUCCCCCGGGAGUCAAAGGUCGAGCAAGGUCAAGACUGGAAGAGCAAUUUUUCCAAAAUCCAUAUCCAGAGUGUAUAUGCAGUUCUAGAACCAGAGCAAGAAAAUAAAGGGGGUACUUCUUGUAUGCUUGCAGCCAGCAGGUCUCUCUUGUUCUCAAUCAUCUAAAUGUCUGAAAUCAUAUUUUUGUUACCAUCUUAUUCAGCUUCAGUUUCUCUGUUUUGUUGGCCAAUAUAGCUAAGUUUUGUUUUUUUUAUACUAGACUAGUGAUGAAGUAUCUUGGUACAUAUGCAUUAUGACUCUCUCUUGUCCAUCUUUCGCCCACUCCUCAGUCCCUCUUCCACCAAUUCAUUUUUCAUUAUUUAUUUGUAAACAAAUGAUUGUAUAUUGGAAUUAAGGAGCAAUACUGUUAAUGUCUUGGUAAA